UUUCACCCACUCAUCUCUCCAUUCGAAAAGAAAUAAAUUAUAAUUCACUAUGGCCCUUACAUGCUCUGAUAUUUUCAAGUUUUUCUUUGCUGUCAUUUUACCACCUCUUGGAGUCAUGUUCGAAAAAGGCUGCGGUUGCGACUUUGUUAUCAAUAUAUGUUUGACUUGUCUAGGAUAUAUUCCUGGUAUUAUUCAUGCCUUCUAUAUUAUCUUGAAAUAUUAGCCCACCAUUCUUGAAAAUACGCAUCACCUAAAAAGAUCCACAGCUCUAGUACAUUUUUAACGAUCAUUAGUACAUUCAAAACCAUUUGUAUAUGUAUCUGUAUAUAUAUUCCCUUAUUUUAUUAUAAACAUUCUUUACCUAUCUUA